CGCGUCGCGAUGCCCUUGUCGCAUUCAAAUCGCGUGGAUCGUCGCGUUUUCUUAAUUGACAAAUCAAUUCGCCUCGGCCCCAAUCCCAUCGCCAAUUGCCUCCCAAAUUCGCAUUUCCCGAUACAAUUUCAAUCAUAUGGCGAUGGUGGUUCUUCUCUGAAUCCGUCGUAUAUGUUUGCCUUUGCCUUGUGCCCAUUGGGGAAUCCAUCAUCUAACCCCUUGCUUCAAUCCUCGACGCUCUUGAUCUCCCUUCCGUUUGUUCUUUGUAUGUGGCGAAGAACCAACCACAACAAAGACUGAGAACUGUUUUUGCUUUUUCUGUGUGUGUCACAAAAAAGUUUCUGUCUUUUUUUGCCUCUCUGUUUUUGCUGGACUUGAAGCUCUUUUUAUCCACGGAUCUCGACCAUUGUCAAGUCAGCAGAAAACCCACUCGGCCAUCAAGGUACACGCCCGACAAAACCCUUGAACCAUGCCGUCGGCAUCUUCAUCAACGUCGUCCGAUCGCGACUCUGGUAGCUCAGGCGCUCCGUCCCGGCUGCCCACUAGCGCCCCUUCGUCUCCCCCACCCGCAGAGCCAUUAGUCGAACAACAAGAGAAAGUGGACGACUCAAAGAUGAGCUACACAAAGUUGCGCGCCGAGCAAAGGCUCGCCGAGGAAGAGGAAAAGGCUCGCGUAGAAAACGAAAAGGCAGAGGAAAAGCGCAAAAAGAAGUGGAAGAAGAGGGUCCUGAGCAAAGAGGAGCGUGAUGCAAAGGCAAAGGAUCUCGACCAGCUUCUUGCUCAGAGUGCAGCUUUCAGCAGCAUCUUGACCAACAAGACAAAGGUCCUUGGUCGAGUGGGCACUGGUCUGGAUGGAAAGACCCUUGGUGAACAUGACUUGACCAUGGCAAAGCAGCCCAAAUGCGUUGUCGGUGGUACCAUGAGAGACUACCAACUGGAGGGACUGACAUGGAUGUAUGAGAUUUGCGUCCAGGGCAUGUCUGGCAUUCUUGCUGACGAAAUGGGCUUGGGCAAAACCAUUCAGACCAUUUCCCUAAUAGCCCUCCUCCGUGAGCAGGAGAACUACUUGGGUCCUCACCUUAUCGUUGCUCCUCUCAGCACCUUGUCCAAUUGGCUUGACGAAUUCCACCGCUGGGUGCCCUCCAUCCCAGUUGUCAUGUAUCAUGGCACCCCUCAGCAGCGCCAGGACAUCUUCAAGACCAAGAUUAUGCGCCAUCUCCACGGCGGCAGACCGACCGAAAAAUUCCCCGUUGUCUGUACAACCUACGAGAUGGUGCUCAAGGACCGUGCCAACCUAUCCAGGAUCAACUGGGAGUUUAUCAUCAUCGAUGAGGGUCACCGCAUGAAGAACUUUGAUUCAAAACUCUUCAGAGAACUCAAGACAUUUACUUCAGCCACUCGUCUCCUUAUCACCGGCACCCCAUUGCAGAAUAAUCUGAAGGAGCUCUGGUCCCUUCUUAACUUCCUCCUACCAAAGAUCUUUAGAGAUUGGGAAGCCUUCGAAAGUUGGUUCGACUUUAGCGAUCUUGAAGAUGAGGAAGGAACCGAGGAGUUCAUCGCCGACAAGACCAAGCAGGAGCUUGUUAAGAAGAUGCACGUCGUCCUUCAGCCGUUACUUCUGCGGCGAGUCAAGUCUGACGUCGCCAAAUAUCUACCCAAGAAGCGUGAAUACGUACUGUACGCACCAAUGACAAAGGAACAGACCGAUCUGUACAAUGUCAUCAACGACAAAAAUAUCGAUACCCGGUCAUACCUGGAGAGUAAAGUAGUCGAGCGCCUUAUUGGAGCCACAACCAGCGGUGCAUCCUCGCGAAGAAGUACUCCUCGCUCUUCCAAGGCGAACAGCGUGAAGAUGGAACCUGAUACGAUCAGCGAAUCCGGCAGCUUCACGACGAAGACUAGCGCACUCACUCUCAAGGAGGGGGAAUCAAGCCCGCUAGCCAAGAAUGCUUUUGCAAUGAUGAUGGGCAAACGGACAGGAGGUCGUCCGCGCAAGAACGCUCUUCCUGUGCCAGAACCUCCUGCGGAAGAGACCACCCUAGUCAAAGCUUCCAGGGCAGGUACCAAGAGGAAGGCUGCGCCGGUUGUAGAGACUCCAGCACCAAAGAGCACAAAGUCAAGCAGGCAGUCUACGCCCAUCAGCACCCGGGGCCGGACUCGGCGAGGCAGGCAGUCAUACAAAGAAGCAGAUUCAGACGAGGAACAGCUCGAUGACGACGAAUUCGAAGAGAAGCUAGCCAAGGAGGCUGUGGAGGAUGAAGUCCAAGACAUCGAAGCCAUUCUCGAUGCCGAGGAGAUCGAACGUGCCCAGACCCUCGACCUAGCCAAAAAGGAGAUCUCCAACAAGAAGCUCGGAAACCCACUCCUCCAGCUCCGCCUCGUCUGCAACAGUCCUCACAACUUCUACAAUCCCUGGUCCAACUCGGACCAGCCCAUCGACGAGAGCAUCGUCACCGCCUCCGGCAAGAUGCUCCUGCUGGACCGGCUCCUUUCCGCCCUCUUCGAGCGGGGGCACAAGGUCCUCAUCUUCUCCCAGUUCAAGACCCAGCUCGACAUCCUUGAGGACUACUGCCGCGAGCUGCGCUCCUGGGACGUCUGCCGCAUCGACGGCGGCGUCGCCCAGGACGACCGGCGCGCGCAGAUCGAGCAGUUCAACACGGACCCGGACGUGAAAAUCUUCUUGCUGUCUACCCGCGCCGGCGGGCAGGGCAUCAACCUCGCCAGCGCCGACACCGUGAUCCUCUUCGACAGCGACUGGAACCCGCAGCAGGACCUGCAGGCGCAGGACCGGUGCCACCGCAUCGGGCAGACACGGCCCGUGGUGGUGUACCGGCUGGCCACCAAGGGCACGGUGGAGGAGGAGCUGCUCAUGAGCGCGGACGCCAAGCGCCGCCUGGAGAAGUUGGUCAUCAAGAAGGGCGGGUUCAGGACCAUGGGCCAGAAGCUCGACUUGCGCGAGGAGGACCUGGAUCGGGAGACGCUGCGGGCGUUGUUGCUGAAGGAUGGGCAGGUGUACAAGUUCAGCGGGGACAAGGAGAUUCUGAGCGAGGAGGAUCUAAGGGUGUUGUGCGAUCGGAGCGAUGAGGCGUAUGCGAGUGCCGCGAAGGGUGAGGGCAAUGCGGAUGGGUGGAAGGUUAUUGAGACGCAGGCGGAGGGGAUUAGGACGGCGGGGGAGAAGAAGAAGAGGUGAUGUGGUGCUCUUGAUCACGCUUCAAGGAUUGGAAAAAGUCACAGUUGAGUAUACCCAUGAACAUGAUGAUGUUGGCGUGUCGCGCGGUUAGCCCUAUGAUUGCUCUGAGCCUUGAAUGAUGUCUAAAACUCCAAGGGAGCUGCACCUAUACGUUCCUAUACAACGGGUUUGCAGGCAUCCCCCCGGUCGUCGUGAGGCGACUAUGUCGAAUCGCCAAGCCAAAUAUUUCGACUUGACUUCAAGUCAAGUCAAGUCAAAUCAAGUCAAAUCAAGUCAAGUCAAGUCAAAUCCAAGUCAAAUCCAAGUCAAAUCCACAUCCAAAUCCACAUCCAUUCACGGUUCAAUAAUGUUCC